GAAGCCGAAAACUAGGAUUCGCUCCCUUUCUAUCCUAUCCGCCGCCUCCGAUCCGAUAACGUCACUCUCCUAGUCUCCACCCCUCCCUCCCUCUCUAUUUCCUGAGGUUCUCCUCCCACCGUGAUUCCGGAAAGGAAAGGAGAAAGGCGAGCUAACACCAACAUAAAAGAUUGGUCGAGAGGAGACGGACCCAAAAGUGAAAAGGGCUAGAGGAAGCCGCCUUCUUGCAAGAAGCAACCCUGUAUUGGGAGGCCUUCCCUCAGUUCCAGACUCCUUCCACCAUCAGGAUAAGAAUUUGAUGCACUUCGUCCGUCUGGGGGGUUGUUCUUGCCUUGGUUGUGAUAUUGUGAGGUCGUGCUAUUUAGCGGUGAGAGUUUUCCGUAUGUUCAUGCUCCUGGCCACCAUGGAAAUUUGUUCUUGAGUUAUUGAAGUGCUUUGGCAUUUCUGUUCAACUUGGGCCACUUAACCGUAGAGGGAGAUUUUUUCUGGCACUUUUGUCACAAUGGACGAUGAAGUAGACCUUCCAAGCCAUCUUCUGUUCUUACACCAUGAGAUCUCUUGUGGAUUUGACGAUUUCCUGAAGAGUACAACUGCAUGUACUCAUACACAUACUUGUAAUCCACCGGGUCCAUCGGCAGCUGUGCAUACCCACACAUGCCUCCACACGCACACGCAAGUCGUAGCCUCUGACGACGAGCUGAGGAAGCCUCGGAAACCUUUGGGAAAUAGAGAGGCUGUGCGCAAGUACCGGGAGAAGAAGAAAGCACAUGCAGCCUUCUUAGAGGAGGAGGUCAAGAAGCUCCGUGCCACUAACCAGCAGCUGCUGAGGAGAUUGCAGGGACAUGCAGCACUGGAGGCUGAGGUGGUGAGGUUAAGGGGCCUCUUGUUUGAUGUCCGAGGCAAGAUCGAUGCAGAGAUCGAUUCAUUCCCGUUCCAAAAGCAUAGCAGUGUUGAUUCUGUUAUUUGUACAGAGCCUCCUCUUUCCAUUAACACUGAUGCCGAGGUAGCAGCCCGGGUGGCCAGCUCUGGUGGACCAACAAUUUUGGAUUUUGAGAUUGAUGAAAGUGGCAGUAUUUCACGAUAACUCGAUAUUCCUGAAGUGGUUAAUUCGAUGGAUGCUGCUGGAAGCUUGCUGAAAUCAGACUCAUUAGUUGAAUGACUUUGGCCAAGCUACUUUUGAGCAUUUUCAGAACCACCCCAGUUUGGUUUGCUUGCUGCUGUUGGUAUUAGUUUUGUUACUUGUACCCUGUUUGAAUAAUUGGUGGCUGUGGGUUGUAUGAAGAUGAUAUACCCUGUCAAAAUGCUGCUGGUUAUAGGUUCUAAUUCUACUUGUAACUGCUCAGUGAUCACUAUACUUGUACCAUAUUAGUAGUGGAAGAAGUGCUAUUCUGUGUUCCGAAGACUUGCACUGCUAAUGCAGUAUAUGCCUUUUCCUGGUGUCAGCGUUUAGUAUGUCUAUGCAGCUAUUGUCUUACUGACAGCAGCAGUUCACUGUUUAAAUGGUAUCCGACUUGUUGCAUA